AUGGAGUGGAAUUUGGACAAGAAGAUUUUUUCAGUAGUAGUUGACAAUGCAACUUUAAAUGACUCUAUGGUCAAAUACUUGAAAUCUUGGCUUGUUGACAAGUCUCUACUACCUUUGGGAGGGGAACUACUGCAUGUUCGAUGUAGUGCACAUUUAUUAAAUUUGAUUGUCCAGGAUGGAUUGGCUGAAAUUGGAGGACUACUUAGCAAGAUUCGAGGAACAGUAAAAUACUUGAAAAAGUCUGCUUAUGCAAAUCAAAAUUUUGAAAAUGCAAUUAACCAAUGCAAGUUGAAAGGUAAAAGGAAAGUGGGUUUGGAUGUUCAAAAUAGGUGGAAUUCUACAUUUACAAUGCUUGAUACUGCAUUACCACUAAGGGAAGCUUUUGAUCGUUUAGACCAAAUGGGCAAGAACUAUAAGUAUAAUCCAUCUCAAAAGGAGUGGGAAGUUGUUGUUAUUGUUGUUCAUAGUUGUCUAAAACACUUUUAUAAUGCAACUCGUCAUUUUAGUGGUACGAAAUUUCCAAUAGCAAAUGUGUUUUUUCCUGAUAUUUGUAGCAUUCAACUUCAAUUGAUGAAAUGGGAACAAAGUGAACAUGACUUUUUUAGACAUAUGGCUGGUCCAAUGAAAGAGAAGUUUGAAAAAUAUGGGGAAGAGUGUAGUUUGGUACUGACAAUAGCUGUAGUGCUUGAUCCAAGGUUUAAGAUGGAUUUGGUGGAGUAUUAUUAUAGACAAAUUCAUGGACAUAAUGCUGAAAAAUAUAUUCAACGGGUUCAUAGUACUUUAGUUGAUUUGUAUAUGGAUUAUGGAGGUAAAUUUUUACCAUCAUUAGAUCUUUGGAACAGUGAAAGUGUUGAGAAAAGUAGUUCAAGUAACGAUGCAUUGAGUGACUUUGAUAAAUGGUACUUCGAGUCUCACUCGUCUUGCCUUCAUGCAAAUCAAAAAUUAGAAUUGGAUCAAUACUUGGAAGAGCAAAAGUUUCCAAGAAAGGACAAUUUUGAUAUUUUAGAAUGGUGGAAAGCUAAUUGUCCAAAAUUUCCUAUUUUGGCAAAAAUGGCACGUGAUAUAUUGGUUGUUCCGACCACUACAGUUGCAUCAGAAUCUGCAUUUAGUGUUGGUGAUAGAGUAAUUGAUGAGACUCGUGCCAAAUUACUUCCAGAUGUAGUUAAAGCAUUAGUGACUACUGAUGAUUGGAUUGAAUCAAAGAAAAAAAUGAGGCACGUGAAGAAGAAGAAAGAAAACUUAACAGGUUUGGCUUAA